AGAUAGAAUACAUUUGCGAACUUACUAUGUUGUAAAAUUGAAAUAAGAAAAACAUUUUCUCAUAAAUUUACAAAUAUAUAUUGUUAUAUAUUUGUAGAAUAUUGAAGCAAUACAUCAUUAGCCGAGCUUGUCGCUAUUAUAAGUGAGCUAAAAGAUAAGAUACUGGAUAUAAAACGGUAAGCAUUUUUUUCUGUACCGAUUUAUCAACCUGCAAUUGUGCGAGUUAACUAUGACUCGUUAUUUACUGGCUUUCACUCUGAUAUUCAUCGUCGCCAACGUCCACGCAGUUUUGGCGGAAGAUGCUAAAGAUAAAUGUGGUGCUAAUGCAGAAAUAGAUUUAUGCGGAGGAAUGUGCGAGCCAACUUGUGGUUGUCGCAAACACAACCCCAUGUUUUGUCCAAGAAUCCAAUGUGGCGGCAUAACAUCUGGCUGCCGAUGUAAGGAAGGAUUCGUUCGUAAUGAUUCUAAGGAGUGCGUUUCACCAGAAGACUGCCCGAAAAAAGACGACUCAGGACCUAAAUUGACGGGAUUGAAAUUUUGUUUGGAUGAAGAUUAAAUAUGAAUAUAAAGUAGCAACCUUGCAGCCACUAUGUGACUGUCGUGACUUGUUAACUAUAAAUAAAUAAAAUU